AUGAAGGUCCAUCUCAACCCGUGGAGGGACGCUCCGUUGCUCACCAAGAUCCAUAUCCUCGGCUGUGUGAUUAUCAUCUGUGCGAGUGUGGUCGGCAAGUACCAGCGCUUCAAGGUACGAAUGCGCCACCCGUUCGCGCCGCGUACGUCGAACGGAAAGCGGAGGAGCGAGGGCGAGCUGUUUCAGGGAGAGGGCUGCUGCACGUGUGGGCACCCAGGAACGAGUUCGGGCGGCGAAAAUGUGGACAAGCCAGAGGUUGUGGGGGGAGAUCGCGAGGCGGGGGAGGCGGACGGUAGAAAGGCGGAUGGUGGGAUUCCCGCUGGCUUGUAA